AUCCUUUCUUCUCUUUUUCUCCUAAAGGAAGAAUCUAGGCUGGACGUCCUGAUCAACAAUGCUGGGAUAUUCCAGUGUCCCUACAUGAAGACUGAAGAUGGCUUUGAAAUGCAGUUUGGUGUCAACCACUUAGGUCAUUUCUUACUCACAAACCUCCUCCUUGGACUUCUGAAAAAUUCUGCGCCCAGCAGAAUUGUAGUGGUGUCCUCCAAGCUUUACAAGUAUGGCGAGAUCAACUUUGAUGACUUGAACAGUGAGCUAAAUUACAACAAAGGUUUUGCUUAUAGCCGAAGUAAACUGGCUAACAUCUUGUUCACCAUGGAGUUAGCCCGGCGUUUGGAGGGUACAGGGGUUACCGUUAAUGUGCUCCAUCCCGGUGUGGUUAGAACAAAUCUAGGCAGAUACAUACAUAUUCCUUUACUAGCUAGGCCCCUGUUCAACUUCGUGUCUUGGGCUUUCUUCAAAUCUCCAUUGGAAGGAGCCCAGACGUCUAUUUAUCUGGCCUCCUCUCCUGAAGUGGAGGGGGUAUCGGGGAAAUAUUUUGGAGAUUGUAAGGAGGAACAACUAUUGCCUAAGGCCACGGAUGACCUGGUUGCAAGGAAACUAUGGGAUAUCAGUGAAGUGAUGGUGGGGCUUCUAAAAUAAAUCACAAGGAGAAGCAUUGCAUAGCCUAUAUAUAUUGGGGAGUUCACAGUUACCUGCGUCUGUUGUCUUUAUUUCACUUGAGACAGAAGAAUCCAAAGUUAUUCUGUCUCUGGUCGGGAUUAAUUUUGAGCAAUGCAGGAAUUGGAUUCUUUUUUAUUUUGUAAUGGGAAUAUUCUUAAUAUAAAAGAAAAUAAUAUUUAAGUGGAAGAAGUAGAAUUUAAGAUAAUAAAUUAA